CAAUUUUUAGUAAAGUAAAAUAUGGUAAAAAGUAACGUUUAUGGUAAUUAAUACGGUCAAUUCAAUUCUGAAUUUUUAUAAUUUGAAAGUGGUUUUAAGUUAGAUUUCUAAGUUUACUAAUAUUGUUAUUAUCAUUACUGUUGAACGGUUUAAUAACGAAUUACUUUUCCAUCUUCUUGAUAUGUCAGCUCCGGUAGUAAUAAGUGCUACCGCAAAACAUUCUGCUACUUUAAUUUUUCUUCAUGGAUUGGGGGAUACAGGGCAAGGAUGGGCAAGUGCAAUGGCUGCUAUUCGUCAGCCUCACGUAAAAGUGGUGUGUCCAACAGCUCCUACCAUGCCAGUUACUUUAAACGCUGGUUUUCGAAUGCCUAGCUGGUUUGACUUGAUUACAUUAGAUGCUUCUGGUUCCGAAGAUGAAGAAGGAAUACGUCAGGCAGCUAGCAACAUUCAUGCAAUGAUAGAAAAUGAGGUAAAGGGGGGCAUUCCUGCUGAUAGAAUAUUGCUGGGAGGAUUUUCACAAGGGGGUGGAUUGGCACUUUACUCUGCACUCACUUAUCCUUCAAAAUUGGCAGGUGUUAUUGCUUUAUCCUGCUGGUUGCCUUUACGUAAAACAUUUCCAGCAGAACAAAGAUGUCCUCCAGAAAUACCAGUGCUUCAAUGUCAUGGUGACUGUGAUCCUGUCGUUCCUUAUAAAUGGGGUCAGAUGACAGCAUCUCUUUUAAAAACAUUACUUAAAUCUCCAGAAUUUAAAACAUACAAAGGUCUAAUGCAUACUUCGUCUGAUGAAGAGCUCCAAGAUAUGAAAGUGUUUGUUAGCAAACAUUUACCUAAUAUGUAAAACUUAAUUCAUUUCAGAAAAAAAAAGGAUCCUAGAAUCUGCGGCUCCUUUUACCUCUUGAGCAUGUGUUUAGUCAAAUUGUAUUUAUUUUAUUCCUUUAUUUACAUUCCUAGGAUAAAAAUGUUGAAAUAUUAUUACAAUUUAAGGAACAAGUUUUAAAAGUAUUAAAAGGUACUAUUAACGACCUCCUUUUUUGUUGGAAUCAUAACAAUAUACAAUUAAAUUGAGCAAUAAAUAAUUGUCUCAUACUGUAGUUGUAUUAUUUUUUGUAUCAGUUACUGAGUAAAUAAAGCCUAACAAUAAAA